AGAUAUUGGACCGAUGAUCAGUAUUCCAAUAGUCUGCAUGGUCAACUGAACGUCUAGUUGAAUUGUUUGUGGAUUCUGACAAUGUCAAUUCAAGUGCUCAUCAAUGAAGUUGUUCUCUAGCAAUGAAGAAGUAUACAAAAUAUCGAAGUGAAAUGUUAAUACAGAAACGAAAACCGUGAAAUGAGUUGCGUAUUCUGAAGUCUAAGUGAACCUUGGAUGGUGGUAUGAGGGUUAAUUAAAAGUUUAUCUUUAUGAGAGAGCUGUGCGAAUACAAGCACAAAAUAUACUCUAAUGGAAAUAUUACCUUCUCCAUCCCAAAUUCAGAAUUUGAGAGUUCCCUUGAUCAAAGUCAUCCGUUCAACCGCAGUAGACAUAAUCCAUUUCAAUAAUGUUCAUAUCCAAUGAAAUCUAAUCAAAAUAUAUCUCCGUGCAUUGUCUGCUGAUAAAUACAAAAUACACAUAACUAAAUCUUGCUAUUCGCGCCUUGUGCUACCAGAUACUGUCUUACACUAUUAUGUACUUUCAUCACUUUAUGCAUUAUGUGUGGCGAUCUUUUCUUCAUUCAUACUCAAUUGCAGACUUUUUCACAAAAUUUACUGAUAGUUGUUCAAUCUUAUCCCAAAAGGAAAAUCUGAACAUACAUUCGAAAAUAGCGUAAAGCUCUAAUUCUUUCUGACUCUAACCAGUUGUCUGUCAUACGCCGAAAAAUGAGUAAAUUUUUUAUGCUAAGAAUUUCGUACUGUAGGUUAAAUUCUUGGACAUUAUGCAUAAGAUGAUGACAACACAUAUCUUAUUGAUGAAAACGCAUGAGUAAAUGAAAGUAUAAAUUGUAUUUUUUUAUUUCCUCAACUCUCCUUUAUUAACUUAAACAAAUCUUAAAAGCAUUCAAAUCCAAGUCUUUCUAAUUACAGAAUAUUAACUUUGAUAAUGGAUAGUAGAAUUAAAUAUUUUCAAGUAUAUCAUUGUACACUUUUUAGGUUCAACCUCAAUUAACGAAAUUACAACAAGAGAAAGAAACAAGUGAAAAACAAGUCAAUGAUUUACUUGUUGAACACAAACGAUAUCAAGAAAUUAUUAUUUCUGAUUUAGAAAAACAAAAUCAAACAUUAAAAAUAGAAAUACAAAAUCGAGAUCAAACAGCAAAUUCUACACUUACUGAACGUGAAUCUCAUUAUGAACAACAGAUAAAAGAAUAUCAAUCAAAUAUUGCUCAAGCUGUUCAUAAAACAGAAAAAGUUCGAACUGAAUUAAAACAACUACAAGAAGAAAAUAUUUCAAAAGAAAAACCAACCAAUGAUUUAAUUAAUACAUUAAAACAAGAUUAUGAAAAACAAUGUGAAAAACUUCAAAAUGAUUUAGCUGAAUUAAAUAAUCGAGAACAAAAAUUAAAUACAACUUUUAAUGAACGUGAAUCACAUUAUGAACAACAAAUAAAAGACUAUCAAAAUAAACUUGAUCAAUCAACACAUGAAAUUCAAACUAUAAAAUCUGAAUUAAUAAAAUUACAAGAAGAAAAAAAUUUCAAUGAGAAAAAAUCAAUUGAUACAAUAAAUACAUUAAAACAAGAUUAUGAAAGACAAUAUGA